AUGACUGUACGUUUUGGUGUCCAUUCUCAUGGUUAUGACCACACGCUGACUCGCAGAAAGUCCUUUUCCUCUCUUCUUUCCUCGAUCAGCGGCCAGCCUGCAACCCCUCAGCCAAAGACACCUACCUCAAGACCGAAUGGUGCAUCCGAAGCAGCUAGACCUCAGGCUCCGACAAACGCGGCAAAGCCAACCCCGAACAAUGUGGCGGCAGGCGUCAAGCGCAAACCAGAAGACCAGGUGGCUGCUGGGAAUGCGAAGGUUUUCAAGACGGAGGUAAAAGUGCCGGUACGGUCAUCGGGACAGAGCACACAACCUGCCGCGGCCAAACCAGCGCUGUCAUCUGUAGCUGGACCCAAUGGUGCUUAUCGCGGCACAGCACGGCCUGCUGGAGCGGUGAAUCCCGCCAAGCCUAUUUCGAAGCCAAUUGCCAAACCAAAUGCUGCGACUGCCUCGUCGACGGCAGCAUACCCGACACCUGGGAGCCCUGCAACUCAACCGAAGAAGGGAUUCGCUUCUAUCAUGGCGCAGGCUAAGGCCGCACAAGAGGCUGCCAAAGCUGCUGGUCAUAGUGUGAUCAAGCAUAAGCCCGUGGAGAAGAUGACCAAGCGUGAGCGUACUAAGAUGCAGGAAGAGGCUGCGUUGAAGCAGAAGACUGGCGGGGCCGUGGGCAAAUUGGCUGUCAACGAUCGUAGCCGGAGCAAUACUCCGGUGGAUGCCAAGAAUGGUCUACAGAAGAAGGCACCUGCGUCGACCUACAAGGGCACCAUGAAGAAGAAUGUCGAGAGACAGCAAUCUACGUACAAAGGCACCAUGAACAAGGCCGCCCCUGCAGCCGCGCAGUCCAAACUAGCGGGCAAGAAGAACAGCCUUGCGCAAGACAAGUAUGGCGGUUACGCCAGCUGGGACGAUCUAGACGAGGCCGAAGACGAAGAAGAAGAAGAAGAAGGGUACGACUCAGAAGGCUCAUCCGACAUGAUGGAUGCUGGCUUCGAUGAUAUGGAGCGCGAGGAGACUGCUGCUCUCAAGGCAGCCCGCCAGGAAGACCAGGAGGCUCUGGAGGAAGAGGAACGUCACCGACGGGAGAAGCUCGAACGCAAGAAGAAGUUGCAGGCUCUUAGUAGGAGCGCUGCUGCGAAGAAGAAGUUCUGA